UAUAUCAAAGUAAAUACUAAAUCUAUAAAUAAAUGAAAGUAUUGUUAACGUGGAGCGAUUCCUACACAUUAUACGGAUGACGUCAUAGCAAGCAGCACGUUCGUAACAAACAGGGCGUAACACGGUGACCUUUGGACUUUAACCCGGGGAACUACUUUCUGUUGACAAGUAAUGAAGGUAUCUAUAGGUUCAAGGUUCAAACUCAAGUACACAUACGUAACUGAGUGUCUGUGUACAAACUUUAGUACACAUACGUGACUGGUUGAGAAAAUGCGUCGCUUCGUGUUAGGGCAGGCCCGGCGUCUGGCUACGUCAGACAUGGAGGAAGUGACGUUAUUGACUAGGACACGUCAUCAGCAGCUAGUCCUACGUCACGCGAGCACGUCAUCCAGUGUGUCCCCUGACAACAUCAUCAUGAGCGAGCGGCGCGACAUCCACAUCCCGAGAAACCUGGCCUUCCACCAGUACUUCUACAGCAAGUGUGACGAGUUCAAAGACAUCACCGCCUCGGAAGAUUUUCUGACGGGCAGAAAAUACACCUUCCUGGAUCUGAAGGAGAAGUCUAUCAAAGUGGCCAGCGCGCUGACCCGUAAAGGCUACCGUAAAGGUGACGUUGUCCUGGCCUUCACCCCCAACACAAUCGACUUCACGGUCCUGAUGCUGGCCUGUGCCGCCACCGGCCUUUGGUUUUCUGCCGCCAACCCCGCCUUUACAGCAGAAGAAUUAAGCCGCCAGUUGAAUGACUGCUCCAGCAAGGCUAUCUUCACCAUCCCAGCCUUCGCCACCACGGUCAAGGACGCUCUCAACAACAAGCAGUUUCCAAAUAAGGUCCAGGACUUGUUUGUGUUCGGAGAAUGUCCGGGUUUCCAGCCUUUUCAAAGUUUGAUUGAUGACGACGGAAAAGCUUUCCCCGAUGUGGACAUCAACCCAGUGGAGGACGUCUUCACAUUGCCCUACUCCAGCGGGACAACAGGCAUGCCCAAGGGGGUCAUGUUGACCCAUUACAACUGUUUGGCCAACUGUUUACAGGUUAUCGAAAGUGUGUCGGUCGGCAAGUCGGACCGCUGCCUGGGUCUGCUGCCCCUCUACCACAUCUACGGCAUGACGGCCGUCCAGUUUGCUGCUCUACAGACCGGCGCCAGCCUGCAGUUCCUGCCAAAGUUUGAGCCAGAGACUUUCCUCCGGUGUUUACAAGACAAACAGAUCACCCUGGCGCAUCUGGUGCCGCCCCUGAUUGUGUUUCUGGCCAAGCACCCUCUAGUGGCCAAGUACGACCUCAGCGCCCUCAAGAUGGUCAUCAGUGGCGCGGCCCCGCUGGGCGUGGACAUCACCCAGCAGUUCCAGCAGAGAUUUGAGGGCAAAAUUGUUGUCAACCAAGGUUAUGGCAUGACAGAGACGACACCAGUGACCAACGUCGACACCACGGCAACACCAGGGAGCAUCGGCAACAUGGUGGUCAACACACUAGGCAAGAUUGUUGACGUAGCCAGCAACCAAGCUCUAGGACCAGGGGAAGUAGGAGAAUAUUGUGUGAAAGGUCCCCAAGUUAUGAAGGGAUACUUCAAGAAUAAAAAGGCAACAGAUGACAUGAUAGAGCCAGAUGGAUGGCUACAUACAGGUGACAUUGGCUACUACAACAAGGACGGGCUGGUCUUUAUAAAGGACAGACUGAAGGAGCUUAUCAAAUACAAGGGCUCACAGGUGCCGCCAGCAGAGCUUGAAGCCCUGUUACUGGGACACCCUGAUGUACAAGACGUGGCUGUCAUUGGAGUCCCUGACGACCAGGCUGGGGAGUUGCCAAAGGCGUUUGUCGUCAAGAAACCGGGUUCGAAACUAACUGAGAAGGAGGUGGCUCGUUUUGUUGAAGAGCGCGUGUCCCAUACGAAGAAACUACGUGGCGGUGUCCAGUUUGUUGAGGACAUCCCCAAGAACCCUAGCGGCAAAAUCCUCAGGAGAGUUUUAAGGGAGAAAUACUUGUAGCUUCUGUUGCCAUGGUUUUAUUUAGGGACCAGAUUUUGUUACCAAGAGAAAUACUUGAAGCUUCUGUUUACAGGAUAUGUAAAUGCUCAAAUAUUAAAAAAAAAUGACAUUGUAAUUUAUCUGACAAGUUGUUCAUGUAAGGUGUGUAGUCUGAGUUCAGCCACCGCAGCGUGUCCUUAAUUAUAAUAUUGGUGACGUCAUAGCUUCGCCAAUGUGUCUCUUAUUUAUUAUUGUGAAAUGACGUGAGAUGAGAACCGGUGAUCUAUACAUCUGUUUACAUCUGUUUACAUCUGUUUACAUUUUUU